AUGGCCACCUCUACUGCCAGCAGCCUUACCAUGCCUCCCUCCAAACGCAAGCAGAGUGUGGUAGAGGACGAGCAAACUUCCAACAAUAACAUGCAAGAAGACGAGCCCAACAAGGAACAUCCAACUGCUGCGCAAGCCAAGAAGAAGUCACGGGUACGCUCUCAGGCUGUCAAGAACCUCAAGAGACGUCGGCGCCGAGAUGAGGAAGAUGGUGACUACGCUGUGGACACAGCUGAAGCACGAGAACAGCGCCACCUGCCGCCAGGCUCGAGAUCACCGCCCAUCGAACUCCAAGACGACGACCCGUCAGACAGCGAGGACGAGUCUGACUUAGAUGGCGAUGCUAUCGAGGAGAUCGCUGCUUAUGAGGAGGAAGAACGCGCCCGCAACUUGCGCCAACCACGCCGAGUGCAGACGACUCGAGGUACUACUGCUCCCAGGAACUACUUUGAGAUGAACAGCGACGAGAUCGAGGACACUGAGCAGCUCGAUGAGGUCGAUGAAGGAGAGGAUCCCGAGGAUGAAGGUCUCAGACGUAGUCCCCGUGCAAAGAGUGCUCCCACACGACCCGACUCCUCUCAUCUCGAUCGCUUCUCGGAAGCCUCUGCCACAACUCGACCAGGUACACGACAGUCCGUCAAAGUUGUGGAGUUCAAGAAGUCGGAGAAGGAGUGGCAGGCGGAAUUUGAUCGGAAGCAAGAGAUCAUGCUCGAGCAAUACGAAGAGCUUCAGCAGGCCAAUCGGAAGCUCGAACUUCUGGAAAAGGCAUUUGGAGCCUACGACAAGCAGACCAACGAGGUCCGGAGACUGGCCAAUAUCAAUCAAGGCGAUGUAUUGGUUGCCGUGUCGACCCCAGCAGCUGCCGUGACCCGACCUACUCAAACCUCCUUUAAGCUCAACAAAGAUACAGCAGCAAACUUCAAGGCUCUACCAGCGUAUCGUCCUCCGCCACCGCCAACUGCUCGGCUCACUGAGCAGCAGAGGGGCUUGAAGCAGCAGACCAGACUACUACAAAAGGAGGUUCAGAACCUCGAGGCCAAGAACCAGGAGCAGGGAGAGCAGAUUGACACCUUGAAUGCGAAGCUUGACGACCAGGGCGUUGAGCUUGGUGAUCUCCAGCAUGAGAAUCAGGGCAUAAAGCGACAGAUUGCCGCUCAGCGCGUCAAGAACACAGCGCAAGGUGAGGACAUCAAGGGCCUGAAGGACCAGCUGGAGCAGCAAGGCGAGAAGGUUCGAAAUCUGAAGGACCAGCUGGAGACAGAGCGCAUCAAGUCGCAGACUCUCGAGCGACAGAUGGGGCGACAAGACACUGAGACCCAAGGUCUCAAGGACCGACUCGGUACGCAGGAACAACAAGUCGCUUCGCGCCAAGCCUCCAACGAGCGGCUCGAGCAGCAAGCAACCGAGAUUCAAGAUUUCAAGAACCAGCUGAACUCCAAGGAGGCCACGCUGCAGAACGUUCUCGGCAAGCUUGACGCUCUGGCUGAGGCCAACAACAGCGCGCAGGCGGAGGCUGCACGACUCAAACGCGGCUCAAACAAUAAGAAGAUCGAGGACCAGGCUGCGCAGCUCAGCCACUUGCACUCCAAGUGGAGCGGCGCGACCGCGCUGCUAAAGGAGUACGGCGUCGACGACAUCGACGGCAUGCAAAACCUUCUCGCGCAGCGCUCCGAGAAGCUGCGUCAGCUGAGACAGGAUAUCGCCAAUAAGAACCAGGAGAUUUCUACGCUCAAGACAGAGGCGACUGCGAAGGACGACAAGCUCGCUAAGGCGGAAGCGCAGACUACUGCUCGCGAUGUUCAGGUCACGAAGCUGAAGUCUGAAGUUGCUAGUCUUGACAAGAAUAACGCAGCCUUCAUCAAGCAGGUUGAUAAGCUGAAGAAGGGCUUUGGUGAUCUGGGUAAGCGUUGCGAGAAGCGCAUCAGCUACCUCGCUCAAAGUAAGGAGAGCCUACGCAACCACAGCAUUGCCCUUCCACAACCUCUCAGCGCCACCGCCUUCACUGGAUGGAAUGACCAGAAAGCCCCUGCUGAUGCUGUCGCUGCCUGGAGAGGGGAGAACUAA